UUUAUCCAAUGUCAUUGUUCGUGUGUUCCCCGGGUGAGAGAAGAAAUGAAAGGUUGAGAGUUCACGAAGUUGUCUUUAAUCUUUUUUUAUGCUUCAGAAGGAACAGGAUUUACAGAGUACAGAGCAGUCCCACCGAAACCGGAUGUUACAGGCUUUUUAUAGCUGAGUAUAUCUUGCACAGGAAACAGGCGUUUGUAUCAUAAGACGCUUCAGUUAUUUGGAACAGGUGUACGUACACAAUCAGCUGAAAAAGAAAUGAGGCUGUAUAUUAUUUAUUGCACAAAAAAAGAAAAGAAAAAAGCAGUAGUCUAUGCACCACCACACAUUUUAAAGAUACAGCCUUUGAUCUUUUCAACGCUUAUUUCACAAUUAAAUUUUAUAUUUCAAAAUGUACUUGAGAAAUUAAGCAGUGGUUUUAUUACAAUGGGUUAGGUUUAAACACUCAGUCCACUAUCAAAAACUCCCUUUUCAAAAACUGUCAUUUAAUUAUCUCAAAAUAAACACACCUUAUUAAUGAAAGUAAAACAUAUCCUGGUCUUCAUAAUCUUUCAUAACAACAGAGCAACACUCCUCUCAGCUAUUAAAGGUCUAAUCGAGAUAAAUAAACACCUGUGCAAGGGCCUGUACAGAUCAUGUGAAUAGUGUACAAUUUGAACCACACAUAAUAACAGUGAGCUCCAUCAAUCAGAGACGUCACGUUUCAAGCGGAGGAUUGUGGGUAGUGUAGUAUUUUCCCUGGUAGUUGUAUUCAAGACGUUUUUUCUUAAAAGGUUGUUGGCAUCAUGCGGACUUUUGGUGUAGCUUGAUAUAACCAUAUAUAUAUUAUUGGUUACAAUAUCAUGACUGAUAAAAUAAAUCUCUAUUAAAAAAAAAAAAAAAAAGUGGGGGGUUUUACUUCCGGAACACGCUUAUGUUCGCGCCUAAUGGGAUUGUGGGUAAGAGGAAAGCCCUUGUUUACCAUGGCGACGGAGACGCUACCCUCGGGUUUUAGCAUACAGAACGUUCUAACGCUUUUUCUUUUAAUAAACAUUGAUUUAUUACACUGUCAGCAGUUUACCAUUCCCUUUAAGGCUCCGACGGAGUGUGGCGUGGAAGAGUUUUUCGAUAUUUCCAGUUUGUCGUGUGUCAAGUGCGGUCCAAAUCAGCUAAGGAGCACAACAGGACUGACCUGUGUUUGCAAAACUGGCUACCGCAGUGUCACCACUGAUAAGGCGUCAAAUACUUGUCAGCAAUGUCCCACUGAUAAGCCUGUAGUAACAAAAGAUGGUUUUGGGUGUAUCCGCUGUCCAGGCAGUCUCAGUGAUGACGGGAUGUGCCUUUGUCCACCAGCCAAUGUCCUGGUGGAAAGAGAUGUCAAUGGAAACCUUUUGGAUGAAGCCACAUGUGAAACAUGUAGCAGAAACAUCCCUGCGUUCUCUGUACCAAGCAGCAGUGGAGACAGGUGUGAGAGGUGUCAGGCUUCCUUCAUUAACACAUCCUGUGUGUGUAACACUCCUAAUGUCCUGGCAGGGGGAUUAUGUUUCCCUCCAGGAAUCCUCCCUACAAAUGCAAAUCCCAGUGUCAACUAUGGUCAGUUGAAAUUCAGUGUCCAGUCUGCCUGGUUUGUGAAAAAUCUCUACUCCUCAGCAGCAGCUUGCCUUGUCUUUUCCAACCUAACGGCGUGCCAGGCUCUCGGGAACAUGUGUGUAAUGAACAUGCACUCCUUCAGCGGCACAUCGAACGAUGCCUGUGGUCUCUUUAACACUAUUUUCAGAUCAAAGGCUGUUAUGAGCUCAACUCAAGACAUUUCCUAUUGGAGAGCUAAUCUGCCAUGGCUUUACUAUGGCGAUGAACCAGGACUGGCAGGUCGAGUGCUUCAGACUGAUCCAGUGCCUUUUGGUUUCAGUUUCAGAGGAAAAAAUAAAAACACUGAAAUUAAACUGCUUGCAGCUGUCUACAAUAUCAGAGGAGAGUUCCUCAAAUGGGAACAGAUAGGAGGAGGUAAUCUCCAGCUAUGCCCAGACACAGCAGCCAAACAGGCAGCAGCUUACAGCUUUGGAACUGCUUACCAACAAAGUUGUGAUCUCUCAGUAGCAGAGCUGUUACAAGCCCAUUCUGAGCCGCUCUUCUAUGAUGUGUUCAUGGAUCUUGGUGGUGGAGAGAACAGAAAACUGCUCCCCCUGCCCACACUCGUGUACAACCAGCAAUACAAUGGACGGUUCAUAAACCAAGAGAGCAUGAAGAACUGGUACCUGUCUCGACGCAUGUUUCUUGUGGACACGCUGGGUGGAAGAGAGAAGAGCAUGAGCUCCCUGCCUAAAGUCAUUCGUGUGGCAACCAGUGUCAAAAUUAGGUUCCAGCUUGUUCCACGAACCCAGGAAGGACAGAUUUUUCCCCCUCUAAUGAUUGUGACAUACACAGAUGUUCUCAUCACAGAUAUCAACACACAAACUGUGUCUACAAUGUUUGCUAUGGAGUAUGAGAUGGAUCAGGGUGAGGCUCGCAUAAAGACAGAUACUGCUUUGGGUGUGAUGGGAGGUUUGGCCGUGCUUUAUUCUCUGCUGAAGACAGUCAGCUGGAAGAGAAGGAUCGGCUCCCCACUCAUUGAUGCCGGGACAAUGUUCAAGUUCUUGUUGUUUUAUUCUGGAGAUCUGGCCAAUGUUUUCUUUGUCGUCACCGUGGGAACUGGGCUUUACUGGCUCAUUUUUUACAAGGCUCAACAAUUUGUAUCAGUGCUGUUACCACUGCCUGCACAGGAGGAGCAGUUUGUGACAUACAUUGGAUGUGCUUUCACUCUUAAGGCUAUCCAGUUUCUCCACAAGCUGAUCCUUCAGGUCUCAGUUGAUAUAUUCCUUAUUGACUGGGAGAGGCCACGUAACAAAGCCAGCAGAACUGUGCAAGCGGCUGGUGAGCCAAAACGUGAUCCCGCUCCUGUCAGCAUCUGGAGAACCUACUUUGUAGCCAAUGAAUGGAACGAGAUCCAGACAUUCCGCAAGAUCAGCCCAACCUUUCAGAUCAUGGCUGUGCUCUUCAUUCUUGAAGUGGUGGGUUUUUCUAACUUGGCCCUGAGGGACCCCUGGUCAACUUUACAGCGCUCCUCUCAGGCAUACACUCCUUCAUACAGCUUGAUUCUGCGCUACAGCCUGGCAGCUACGCUGUGGCUCUGCAUUGGACUACUGCAGGUGAUAUUCUUCACUGUGUUUUAUGAGCACUUCGUGGAGGACAAAAUCCGUCAGUUUGUCGAUCUUUGCUCCAUCAGUAAUAUUUCUGUGCUGCUGUUAUCCCAUCGGUGUUUUGGCUACUAUAUCCAUGGGCGUUCAGUACAUGGCCAUGCAGAUACAAACAUGGAGGAAAUGAACAACAACCUGAAAAGAGAAGCUGAAUCCCUGUGUGGCCAAAGAGGACUGCUUCCCAACACAGACAUCCAGACCUUUCAGGUGUCUCUUACCACUCACCUGCGGUCACAGUAUGAGAGGAUACGGGAGCCACUCAGCCGGAGGAACGGGCCAUCACGGCUGAUGGACACAUCGACGAACAACCCAUUUGAGCAGAACAUCAGAGCAUACCACACGAUGAACCACUUCCUCGGAUCCAUUGUAGACCAUGCUCACCCUGACAUGGAUUAUAUAGUGAAGGACAAGCUGAUGUUUGAGAGGGUCAUAGGAAUGGAGUUUCUUGAACCCAAUGAAAAAAGCAUCUUUUACAAUGAUGAGGCCCACUCCUUCAGUGGUGUGCUGUUUUAUGGAAACGAGGCAACACUGCUGAUCUUUGACACUUUGUUCUUCUGUGUCGUCGACCUUGGAUCUCAGAGUUUUGUACUUGCAGCCGUGCUUACAUACGUACAGCAAAUGAUAUUUCGUUUGAUCCGUAACUUUCUUGGAAGGAAGAACCUCGUCAACAAAACUCUGGUGGACGAGAGAUUUCUGAUAUAAAAUUUAUAUGAUCACUAGGGCCAGCAUUGUUUUUUUAGUCCUUUUUUCUAUUUUUCUUCACAUAAACAGUGUUUUCACUGCUGUUUUUUAAUGUAAAUAAGCCACUUUUUGUAAAUAACGUUUAAAAAUAAGUGUUUUUUUGAAUAAAACAUUUUGAUAUGA